UUUUUUUUUUUUCUCUUUUACUCAAUUUACCCCCAUUAACAACAGAUAUAAUGAAAAAACUCAACAGUUUCGCUUCCAAUAUGUCUUCAGCCAUGAAUUCUCCCAUUCCUACUAGUUUAGCAGGCGAAUGUAAGAAAGCCGCUCGAAUUCUCAAUAGUUUUGUUGAUCCCGGAACAGGCAUGGAUAAACUCAUUCCUGCUGGCAUCAUUGAAAAAGCGCAAGGUUUAGCUAUUUAUACAGUUCUUAAGGCAGGAUUUUUAUUCUCUGGGAGAGCUGGCAGUGGUAUUGUUGUGGCAAAGCUCCCAGAAGGCGGUUGGAGUGCGCCAUCGUGUAUUGGUACAGGUGGUAUUGGUGCAGGUGGCCAGAUUGGUGCCGAAUUGACGGAUUUCGUAUUAGUUUUAAAUACAAAGGAAGCUGUCAAGACUUUCAGUCAAGGUGGUAAUGUCACUUUGGGUGGCAACGUAUCAGUUGCUGCUGGACCUAUUGGCCGUAAUGCCGAAGCAUCCGGUAGUGCCAGUUUAAAGCAUAUUGCUGCCAUUUAUUCCUACAGUAAAACAAGAGGUUUAUUUGCCGGUGUCUCAUUAGAAGGCUCCGUUGUAGUUACACGUGGUGACGCCAACGAAAAGUUUUAUGGUCAACGUGUUACAGCUAAGGAACUUUUAAGCGGUGUCAUUGCUCCUCCCCCUGAAGCAGAUGCUUUAUACAGAGCUUUAAACGCAAAGUUUCAUACCCUGGGCGCUCAAACGUAUUCUCCUAGUUCGGAUAAUACAAGAUCCCUUGGUCGUAGCGGUACUGCCUUCAAAAGCACUCAUAUCUCUGCUCCAGGCACAUUAAGACAACCUCCCCCAGUUCGACAGAUUGGUGGUUAUGGCGCCCCUUUAGCCAUCCAGCAACAACCAUACAAUCCAUCCUCUCCUCCUACCUAUCAACCUGGCCCACCACCAGUAGCAGCAGCAGCGGCUCCUCCACCACCCACCUCAAACUACAACAAUGGGUACAGUCCAGAUGUGAAAACACCUGCUGCAUACAAUAAUAACCAAUAUAAUGCAUCUCCAAGCUACAGUAAUAACGCCAGUCCAUCUUAUACCGCACCCGCUUAUACGAAUAAUCAACCCGCUUACACGAAUACUCAACCUACUUAUAAUAAUACUUAUCAACCACCACAACAGGACGCCAGCAGUUAUGCAAGUCAAGCAGCUACAAAACGAGCUCCACCCCCUCCUCCACCUAGCAGAAAGCCUGGAGAACACACUGCAAAAGCAUUAUAUGCAUUUGAUGGCCAACAACAAGGCGAUUUAAGUUUCCAAGAAGGAGAUUUGAUAACCAUCGUUCAAAAAACAGAUAGCCAGGAUGAUUGGUGGACAGGUAAAUUAAACGGUAAACAAGGCAUUUUCCCCGCAAAUUAUGUUCAGUUACAAUAAAUUAUAGAAUUAUAAUAAAAAAGAGAGGAAAAGCAAUGUAUCCUAAAAAUGAUACGUGUAACAAAUAAUAGAUCAAAUUGGUUUACAUAUGUAAAUUUUGCACUUCAUAAGACAACAUCUCGAGAAACACGAGAUCAGUAAAAUACGUGAAUUAGGCAUGUGGCGUACACUACCAGUAUACAGCCUCUUCCCUACUUCAUUGUGCGGGUAUUGACGCUACACACAUACGCAUCCUUCGCCACAACGACUUGGAUCGCUUUUAUUACCUCUGUAAAGAGAAUGCUUCAGUACAUACGUUCUGAUAAUCAUGGUAAAUUGACUAUAUCAAAUUGCUCUUGGUGGUAAAGUAUUAUGCAGACAGGGUCUUACACAAGAGACCUCUUCUUAUGAGUAAAUGGGGCUUUGACCUAAAGUGUUCCUCCAAUAAGAGAGAGUAAUAAAAGUGCUGUAUUCUGGGUAAAAAU